AGCAGCCCGGCGCAGACCGCUCCCCCCCAUGGCCUCCGCCCCGGAGGACCCGGUUCUGGAACGCUAUUUUAAGGGCCACAAAGCUGCGAUCACCUCCGUGGACUUCAGUCCCAAUGGCAAACAACUUGCUACUGCUUCUUGGGAUACAUUUCUCAUGCUAUGGAAUUUCAAGCCACCAGCUCGAGCUUUCAGAUAUGUGGGUCACAAAGAUGUUGUCACCAGCGUGCAGUUUUCUCCACUGGGAAACUUACUGGCAUCGGCUUCACGAGACAGAACUGUUAGACUCUGGAUCCCUGAUAAGAAAGGAAAAUCCUCAGAAUUUAAGGCUCACACCGCUCCAGUUCGAAGUGUGGACUUUUCAGCUGAUGGCCAGUUUCUAGCUACAGCUUCUGAAGACAAGUCCAUCAAAGUAUGGAACAUGUAUCGCCAGCGCUUCUUUUACUCCCUGUACCGACACACACACUGGGUGCGCUGUGCCAGAUUUUCACCUGAUGGAAGACUAAUUGUAUCUUGCAGUGAGGAUAAAACUAUUAAAAUUUGGGAUACCACAAAUAAACAGUGUGUUAAUAACUUCUCAGAUUCUGUAGGGUUUGCAAAUUUUGUGGAUUUUAACCCCAAUGGUACAUGCAUAGCGUCAGCAGGUUCUGAUCAUACUGUGAAAAUCUGGGAUAUAAGAUUGAACAAAUUACUCCAGCAUUACCAAGUUCACAGCAGUGGAGUCAAUUGUGUAUCAUUCCAUCCUUCUGGUAACUAUCUCAUCACUGCUUCUUCAGAUGGUACUCUUAAGAUUCUGGAUCUUUUAGAAGGAAGGCUCAUAUAUACACUUCAAGGACACACGGGCCCCGUCUUCACUGUUUCAUUUUCAAAAGGGGGAGAUUUCUUUUCAUCAGGAGGUGCUGAUGCACAGGUCUUAUUAUGGAAGACUAACUUUGACGAAUUGAACUCUAAGGAUAUUAUUAAAAGAAAUCUCAAAAGAUUACAUUUUGAUUCACCACCACAUCUCCACGAUAUCUACCCAAGGACACCACAUUUCCAUGAGGGAAAGAUGGAUACAGUUGAAAUUAACCCCAAACUUGAAGUGAUUGAUUUGCAGACCUCCUCUCCCCCAGUCGUGGACAUCAUUUCUUUUGAUUCAACAUUGACAAUGGAAAACACAGUUAGAAAUCCAGACAAGGGUGAAGAUAUCUGCAGAUCUUUCUUGAACCCUUCUUUAAUGUCAUCGGAAUAUUCAUCAGCAACUUUGAAAAAGAAAACAGAAGACAUGAGUGAUUUCCCAUCUGAGAGUCAAAGAAGCAUACCUCUUGCUGUGACUGAGGCCUUAGAGCAUAUCAUGGAACAGCUCAAUGUUUUGACACAGACUGUUUCAAUCUUGGAGCAGCGACUGACUUUGACAGAGGACAAGUUGAAAGACUGCCUUGAAAAUCAGCAAAAACUUUUCAAUACUAUCCAACAGAAAAGUUGAAUAGAAAACUGUGAGCAGACUCACAAUAAACGAACACAUGCACAUAUGGGCAGGAAGGCAGAGCAAGACACUUCAUGCCACAAAACCAUGUGCCAAUUUCCACGGCCUUUCUUAAAAGGAUGAGCAACAGAACAAAAGGCAAAUAAGGCAUAAUUAAGGAUGAAUUGAAACGCACGGAUCAAUGUCAAGGAUUAAUUCAAAUCAUUACCACUUACCAUUGCAGAAAUAAAAUAAUAAACAUUCAGUGGACUAUAUUUUCCCCCAAAUUAUUUUAAAUGUCAGUUUUCAAUUAUAGUCCAUAUUCUGUGAGGAAAGAAACCAAAUCUUAGUAUUUCAUUGUUAAAUCAUUUCAAAUUGACCUUCAGGUAAUGCCCUAAAGCAAUUAAUGUAUUUCUUUAAUAAACACCCUUGGGGUAAAAUAAUUUAUUUACCUCUAAAACAACGUUUUAUAGUCAAAAGUAAUUAGUCAAUGAUUUGACUUGUAUUUCUUUCAGUUAAAGAAAAAUUCUUUCUUGCUAAUGUCAUCAAAAAUCAUCCUAUAAAAUUCACAAAGUACAGGAUUUGCAAAACAAGAAUACACUUAUUUCAACCAGCAAUAGCACACACGGUAUUUAGGGCGAUGGCCUUAUUUAGUAUGUGAUAUCUGAUUAGUUGACUAAUCUGAAAGAAAAUGAGCAAUUAGAAGUAUGUGAAGCACACAUUUCUUUUGUAGAUGAAUGAUCUGAAUGAUUUAAGUUGUAUCUCAACCUUUGAUCCCACUUUACAAAGAUUACAUUAGUGUGAUUUCAGUACAUUCAAAAGCCAGAAUGAUACAACGGUGGUAUUUAAAAACACACACACAUGUAUCUUCACUUGCUUCAAAAAUGUUGCUGAGGGUGAUUUUGGCAACUGAAUAAGUACCCUAAAAAAAAUCCCCCUCACAGUCUUCCUAUUUUUUUCAUGAAUUAUGAUUCAAAACAAAAUUAAAAUUAGCUAGACAUUCUAAAAGAUCUUGGUUACAAAUUAAUCAUUCUGUUUUAUCUUAAAUAAGAGACUGAACUGAAGAAAAAACAUUAAAUGUAUGUCUACCUAUAUCAAUAACAAAGAAGAUAGGAGAAGUCAGUCCAUUAUAUGGUGGGUAAAUGGAGAAAAUGCUGUUGAUGUUCUAGAAAAAAAAAAGUGAAGUCUUAUUUAUGUAGAAUUCCACAUUUAGAAUUUUCAAAGUAACUUCAAUUGUAUCUACCAUGUGGGUUUUAAGUGCUUUUUAUAUCCUACUAAUAGUGAAUUUUUGGACAGUAUCAAGGGUUUAUAAAGACUAAGUGGUGCGUAUUUUAAUAAGCUCAUUGAGAAACCCAAGAAAUGAAAUGUCAUACUAAUUUUGUUUAUUUUUUA